AGUCGAUUUCGGUUUCCGGUUUGGAGGAAAUUUGAUGUGAAACCGAAACGCACGCGCUUGAAGCAGGCGCUAGGAGCGCGAUAGACAAGGGGCAGGGAUUUAUUAAAGACAAUCAAAGUGUUUUAAUCAUGCCUACAGUCAGUCAGAAUGCUCUGUUUGGGAUGGGGAACCCACUGUUGGACAUCUCUGCAGUGGUGGAUAAAGAUUUUCUUGAUAAGUAUGGAUUGAAGCCCAAUGAUCAAAUCCUGGCAGAGGAGAAACACAAAGCUCUGUUUGAUGAGAUUGUGAAUAUGAGUAAAGUUGAGUAUCACGCUGGUGGAUCCACACAGAACUCUGUCAAAAUUGCUCAAUGGAUGAUCCAGGAGCCUCAUAAGGUGGCCACGUUUUUCGGCUGUAUCGGUACAGAUCAUUUCGGGGAGAUUCUGAAGCAGAAAGCAGCUGAAGCUCAUGUUGAUGCUCAUUAUUAUGAACAGAGUGAUGAACCCACGGGAACAUGUGCGGCCUGCAUCACUGGAGACAACAGAUCUCUUAUUGCAAACCUGGCAGCAGCAAACUGUUAUAAUAAAGAAAAGCAUCUUGAUAUUGAGAGUAACUGGAGUCUAGUGGAGAGAGCACAAGUCCUCUACAUCGCAGGUUUCUUUCUGAUCGUGUCUCUGGAGUCCAUUGUUAAAGUGGCCAAACACGCGUCUGACAACAACAAGAUCUUCGGUCUCAAUCUGUCGGCCCCCUUCAUCAGUCAGUUCUUCAAAGAGCAACUCAUGAAGGUCAUGCCGUACGUUGACAUCAUCUUCGGGAAUGAAACGGAGGCUGCUACAUUUGCAAAGGAGCUGGGCUUUGAGACAGAAGAUAUCGCAGAGAUCGCGCGGAGGGUUCAGUCUCUACCCAAAGUCAAUAAGAAAAGACAAAGGAUUGUGGUUUUUACUCAAGGCAAAGAUGACACUGUGGCCACUGUUGGUGACAAAGUGAAAAUGUUUCCUGUGUUAGACAUUGACCAGAAUGACAUUGUUGACACUAACGGUGCUGGUGACGCUUUUGUGGGAGGAUUCCUGUCCGAGUUAGUUCAGGAGAGGUCGCUGGAAGAGUGCAUCCGUGCAGGUCACUACGCCGCCAAUGUCAUCAUCCAGCGAGUCGGCUGCACCUUCCCUGAAAAACCUGAUUUCCACUAACUGUCCUCUCGUUCUCUUCCUAUCCCAACUCUGAAUCUUUCCAUCUCAUUUUAUUCUGAAAUUCCAGCAACACAACCUGCGUGCCUCUGCAUUUGUUUACAGACGUUCACUGUUAUGGGCAUUUAUCAGGGUAACUGCGACCACAUGAAUACACUCCAUGAUGUGAAACUAUAUACAGUAUAAGCAAAUAAAGAUCCAUUAUAUCAUGCAAAGGAAGUGCAUUCACAUUUAUAAUUCUCAAACAUCAUCUAAAAUAAUAUAGAUUAACGUCACAGGAUUAUUUGAAUGAAUUUUUAACUUCGGACUGUACUGUAAUGAAACACCAAAUUGUAUCUUAAACACACAAUGUUUAAAUAUGCACAAACUCUAUCAGAUGUGGAAGGAUUUUUUCUCUUAAUCUUUCUGCCAAUUCAAUAAAAAGGUUUUAAUUGCUCCAA